CAAAAGGAGUGCGGCAUCAAAAACCUGCUCAGACACUUCAACUUCUCAACUGGGACCUGACGAAUUGGAGUGUGUGGCCUCCAAGCCUUUUUGCGAUUCUCCUGCCUACGGGUCUUUCCACACAUCUUUUAACACUCUCUAGUUAGUUAAGAAUCUCAAUACAAAUAAUUAAGCAACCCAUGAUGGCUCUUGCCGGUGAAGGACCUACAAGCAGCCAAGCUGAGGCUGUGGGCCUCAGCAGCGUGAGCUACUCUUACCCGGGAUGUGUACCAUUCAUCAAGGGGUGCAACUUGGACCUGCAUCGUGGGAGUCGCUGCCUGCUUAUCGGUGCAAACGGUGCGGGCAAGACCACCCUAUUGCAGAUUGUGGCGGGGAAAUACAUGGUGGCGCAGGACUCCGUCCGAGUGCUCGGGCGUUCGCCGUUUCAUGACCUGAAAUUGACUUGUUCCGGCCAACUAAGCUAUUUGGGAACUUCCUGGCGCAAGGACGUGGCAUUCGCUGGAUACGGAGUUCCCUUGCAGGGUGACAUUAGCGCGGGGAAGAUGAUCUUUGGCGUCGAAGGUGUGGACCCGGCACGCCGCGCACGUUUGGUGGAGAUGCUGGAUAUCGACUUGUACCAGCGUAUCACGACUAUGAGUGAUGGGCAAAAACGUCGCGUUCAGAUCUGCAUGGGACUUUUGAAGCCAUACGAGGUUCUACUGCUCGACGAGAUCACCGUAGACCUGGACGUGAUUGGACGCCUCCGCCUACUGGAGUUCUUCAAGCUGGAGAGUGAAGAGCGGGGGGCGACAAUAUUAUACGCGACCCACAUCUUCGACGGCCUUGAGGACUGGGUGACGCAUGUGGCAUACAUGGAAGAGGGCAGCAUCGUGAAAGGAGGCCCAAUCACGCAAGUCCAGGAUGCGGCGGCAGCAGCGGCAGGCACUGGCAUGAAGCUCCUGCACGUUGUGGAAAACUGGCUUCGCGCUGAGCGGGAUGCACGGAUGGCACGUGCUGCAGCGGGCGCUGCAGAGGGGCAGACUGCCAGUGCGGAAACGGCCGUGCGGCCGCAGCGCACCCCAUACAUGCCUAGCAAGCACCUGGCCUUUUUUAGAUAG